AUGCGCCCACCGUUGGCAGUGUUUGGAGCGCUGCGGCGCACUCUUCCAGCUUUCAAUGCUGCCGAAGCCUUCGUCUGCCGCAAGAGCGUGCACAACAAGGCACAGACUGGAUACAAAUCUGUCCGCCAAACUCCGUUCUUGAACGCCUUCCGUUCUCGUGCUGCUCCGGCAAGACAGCAAUCAACAACCGCUCCUUCCUCGUCCCCGCUCUCCGAAUUGAGUCAGAAAAUCGGUCAAUCCUCUGCUUCCGCCAAAAAUGCAACAAGAAAGAGCUCGUUCCCUGAAACUUCGGACAAAAAGGUUGGAUACUGGUUGCUUGCUAGCUCUGCCAGUGUCUUUGGUAUCGUCAUCUUUGGUGGUCUCACCAGACUGACUGAAUCUGGAUUGAGUAUCACCGAAUGGCGUCCCGUUACUGGUUCCCUCCCUCCUAUGGACGCUGAGAAGUGGGAAUCCGAAUUCGCUCUCUACCGUGCCUCGCCCGAGUUCAAGCUCCUCAACCCUCGUAUGACAUUGGAAGAAUUUAAACAAAUCUACUGGAUGGAAUGGAUUCACAGACUGUGGGGUCGUUUCAUUGGCAUCACCUUCCUGCUACCUACCGCCUACUUCAUCGCCCGUCGCCGUGUCUCUGCUGGCAUGGCUCUUAAGCUUACCGGUAUCUGCGGUUUGAUUGGUUUCCAGGGUGUCAUUGGCUGGUGGAUGGUCGCAAGUGGUCUCAAGGAUGAUUUGUUUGCUCCUGGAAGUCACCCUCGUGUCAGCCAGUACCGUCUCACUGCUCACUUGGGUACAGCUUUCAUCUGCUACCUCGCCAUGUUCUGGAACGCCUUGUCCAUCUUCCGCGAGAACCGUCUUCUGGCUAACCCACAAGAGUCUUCUAAGCUGCUGAAGCAAAUGAUGGUUCCUGAACUCAAGUUCUUCCGUCGUAGUGUUGGUGCUCUUCUCGUCUUGGUCUUCAUCACUGCCAUGUCUGGAGGCCUUGUCGCUGGUCUGGAUGCUGGUCUCAUCUACAACGAGUUCCCGUACAUGGGCCUUGGUCUCACGCCUCCUAAGAAAGAGCUGUUCGAUACCUUUUACAGCCACGUUCCUGACCACUCUGAUCUGUGGUGGCGCAAUGUUCUUGAGAACCCCUCGCUCGUUCAGCUUGACCACCGUAUCCUGGCAACUACCACCUUCACCGCCGUCAUGGCUCUUUGGGCCUACACUCGCUUCGGUCGUGUUCGCACUUUCAUGACUCCAGGUGCAAAGAAGGGCAUGCGUGGUGUUGUCCACUUGGUCUGGCUGCAGGUCGCUCUCGGCAUUUCGACCUUGCUGUAUAUGGUUCCCAUCCCUCUCGCCUCCGCCCACCAAGCAGGCGCUCUAGCCCUGCUGACAGGCACAAUCGCACUCGGCAGCCGCGUGUGGUUCCCGAAGCGUGCAGCCAAGCUAGUCGCACAAAGACUUGCUGCACCUCAUGUGUCAGCCAUUGGCAAGAGAGGUCCUGAUGCCAUGCUUGCUGCCCGCAUGGGUCUGCCCGCUCGCUCGUAG